AUGGCCGAGAAAAUCACAGACGAGCAGGUCGAGGCCUUGCAGAACAUCUUGCGCGCCGACGUCUCCGUCGACGCGAAAGUUGCCCAAGUCACCGCCGUCAAGACCGGCAUCAAACACCACAAUGUCCCCGACACCUGCGUCGCACCGCUCUUCGAGGCCCUGCGGACCGCCUCCUCGACCCAAAAUGGUGUCCUUGUCAAUGCGGGGCUCACCUCGCUCAACCACCUCCUCACGCGCCUGUCCCGCCAGGAGCCCAAGUACAUCGUAAAGGAAACCAAGACAACACUGCCACUUCUUGUAGAUAGGAUGGGCGACCAGAAGGAAAAGUUCCGGACACUCGCGGUGCAGUCGCUUGCUACCAUGUAUAAGGUCGUGCCAGCUGAUGUCGAGCGCCACGUUCGGAAUUUCGCCAUGGCGGGUAAGAACCCCAAGGCAAAGGAGGCCAGCAUGCAAUGGCUCUUGCAGAUGCACCGAGAACAAGGCCUACAAUUUCGAACCUACGUCCCGCGCCUGAUGGAGCUGCUCGAGGAUGCUGACCCCAGUGUUCGUGACACGGCCAAGACCACCGUCAUCGAGCUUUUCAGAGACGCCUCUGGUACUGCCAAGGCCGACUUGAAAAAGCAGCUCGAGAACUUCAGAGUUCGCCCAGCCAUCAAGCAGGCCAUAGUGAAAGAGCUGAUCCCGAGGUCAACGACCCCGGCUCCUGACGAGAAUGGACCAGCAGAGUUACCCCGGCCCGUAUCGCGCCCGAACCUCUCAGCCAGCGUAUCCUCCGUGUCUACUUUCAGCGAACGACCGAUAACGCCCAUGCCCGAUGCUAGGACAGAAACAGUCGAGCCCUCGUACCUUAACACUACGCGCGAGCUUGACGACAUGUUCACCCAGAUGCACACCUACUUUGAUGGCAAGGAGUCAGAGCAUAACUGGAUGCUGCGGGAGCAAAGUAUCAACAAGCUCCGCAGGCUGAUGGCUGGCAAUGCUGUUUCAGAUUACCAUGACCCGUUCUUGGCCGGCAUGAGGAGCAUUCUCGAUGGCAUCAUCAAGGCCAUUACCUCGCUAAGGACGAGUCUAUCAAAGGAGGGCUGUGCACUGGUCCAGGACAUCGCCAUCAACUACGGGCCUGGUAUGGACCCUAUGGUCGAGCUGCUGAUGCAAACAUUCGUCAAACUCUCCGCGGCGACAAAGAAGAUCGCCUCGCAACAAGCGAAUGUCUGUAUUGACACCAUAAUUGGCAGAGUAACCUACACCAACCGAAUCAUGCAGCAUGUUGCGAUGGCUUGUACGGACAAGAACGUACAGCCUAGGCUGUACGCGACCGAGUGGCUGAAGACGCUUCUGAAAAAGGAGGCACACCACAAGAGCCACGUCGAACAUAAUGGCGGGUUGGAUCUGAUAGAGAAAUCGAUAAAGAAGGGCCUCAAUGAUGCCAAUCCUGGUGUCAGGGAAAAGAUGAGGGCCACAUUUUGGACAUUCCAUGGUAUUUGGCCCGCGAGGGCAGAAGCUCUCAUGAACACUCUGGAACCUACAGCGCAGAAAUUGCUAGAAAAAGACCCGAACAACCCCAACACCCCUAAGAAGGCCGAGCCCGCGGCGCGGCCAGGUCUUGGGCUUUCACGUAGCACGAUGGGAGCUAAGCCAUCGCUCAGGGAAACGAUGAUGGCCCAGAAGAAAGCCAUGGCCACCAAAAACCUUCCACUCCUCGACUGCUACGGGAAGUGCCACCGCUCCAUCCACCACCACAACACGUCAAAAGCCCACCACCAGCGGCGGGCUAUCAGUAGCCCCCGUCAGGCCGACGAGGAAGCGACCAGAAAUGGCACCGCGGCCAGCGACUGCAGGACCAUAUUCUGUGCGAGGUGGCAUCGACACCGAGAUGAGCCCCCCACCAGCGAGACCGAAGGCAGUGACGCCAAAAACCAUGGGCGCAUCACCCAAGCGGACGAUACCAAGAACGAGGCCGGCACACAAGCCAACUACGACCCGACAAAGAGCCCGUCAAGACCCAGACUACAGCCGGGACCGCUCCUAGGCAGCCCUCAGCCUGAGGACAGCUUGUCGCUGAUAGCGCCGACGACUCCGAUUCUUCCAGCAGCGGAUUCGCCAGACAUCGCAUCUGCCGAGCUGGUUGCGCCUGAGACUCCUGUUGCAGUGGAUCGAGAUCAAGCAGCAAGCCCGGCCGGAACACCCUCCAAGGCCCUGCGAGUUUACGAAGAUCCUUUGACGGCAGAGCAGUCAACUCCACGGCUGACGCCGCCAGCCGUACUAGAGGAAAAGCCCGUCAACGAGGAUGCAGCCAACUUGGUGGCACGGCAGAACGGCGACGGAGCCGUCCAAGCUGAUAUCUCACCUGAGAAGGCCAAGCAACAUGCGCGGCUCAUUGAAAGUGCACUCGCGAAAAUCAAAGCGAAGUCUCUCGACGUGCAUGGAUUUCGCAAGUUGCAAGGUAUCCUCCGCGAUAACAAGUCACCUCUAUCCGAUGAGAAGUUCGAGGCACUGCUCCUCGGGCUCUUCGACUACCUGGAGGACCCGCAGUCCAACCUCACUCCCGAAAAGAUUCAGGACGUCAAGGCUCAAAACCUGGCAACGAUCAAGCUACUGCUGAAGAAGUACCGCGGCCAUUUCCAACCACACAUCUCGAAGGGCCUGGAGUCGCUGAUGUCAGCACGCGCGGUGUACGACGCCCGCACGCACAUUGUAUCUGGGCUGGAGCUGCUCGCAGACGAGCUGGUCGCGCUGGGCGACGCGCAGGAGAUCGCCACGGUGCUGACGCGCCGGAUGACGGACACGGUGGUGGAUGAUGCGGCGGGGUGGCGGUCGCUGAGCAUGGGGCUGCAUGUGCUCAAGGAGAUGGUGGACGCCAAGGCCGAGUACAUGCCCACGGACCAGGAGCUGGCCAGCAUGGCGGCGCUGUGCACACGGUGCCUCGACAGCACAGAGUCCGGGGUCAGGAUGGACGCGGUGCAGCUGUGCGUGGCGCUCCAGGGGCGGGUCGGCGACGCCAGGUUCUGGGAUGUCAUGAAGGACGUCAAGGACGACCCAAAGAGCCUCAUCACUUACUACAUCGUGAAGAGGCAGAGGGAGAAGGAGGCGUCUAACAGCGUGGCCUAG